AUGCUGCCGCCUGAUCCCCAAUCCUCCCAUUCUCGAACGAAAACCACACCUCCGGACUCUAGUGAAUUGGAGGACACCACACUAGAAUGCGGAUCAAGAGAUGGGGAGCAGCGCCGUGGUUCAAGGAGGCCCAGGAACAACAGGACAUCCAGUACCUUUUUCCUAGAAUCCUCUUUGAUCCCAGCGAGGAGACCGGAACCUGGCUAUGAUGGGGCCACCAUCCUCUCCCGGGCUAGUUCAGCAAGCCAGAGGAAGGGGAAAUGGACUAGUAAUGAAUCCGCCAGCGUUGUUCCUAAACGACAUGCGACUGUUAAUUAUAAAUACAAAAAGUCACCCGUCGGUAUCCCGGCGCCGGCAACCCCCAUGACGAAUGUUUCUCACCGUGAAGCGUCGCGAGAUGGUGCACCUAGGAUGCCCUCCGAUACCUCGUCAGGUGCGGCAUCCACGCAUCCUCCGCAAUCUAUCGGGCUCGAUACGGAUCCAGCUCAGAUAGUAAACUUAGCAUUGAAUCUUAGUGAUUCGAGGAGGAGAUGUGCGUCCGGGAGAGUGGUUUCAAGCAUGACACCAAGAUCCAGGGGGGUCUCAAGAAGUGACAUAUCGGCGGACAGUUACAAAUUUCCCCGACAAAACAUGAUGGAUAGUCAACAUUAUGCUUCACUGGACCAGCGGACAUCCAGCAAAAUAACGUCAGCACCAGGCAUUCGUCGACACCCUUCAGUGGCUCCACGCCAAUCACACUCCCCAUCUAUGGAAAGAUAUCCAGGGUCGGUCAUGACGGAUAUAAGUUCGACACAAUUCGAGCACAUGCCAUAUGACGUAUCCAGUGCUACAAUUGCCAGAGCGGAGAAGACACGAAAGCAUUUUGAACUUUUUGCAGAAUAUCUGCGCCUACUUCCACAUCUACCUCCUCUCCCAACUAACAAUGAACCUUCAGGUUCGACUGCAAAUUCAUCUGUAUCGGCUAGAACGGCAGGAUCUCGUGGCCGGGAAUAUAACCCUCUCCAAUACAUCCGUAAUCGCAAAGUGAGGUUCCGCGAGAAAUGCCCCAUUGAUUCUGAGGCCGAUGGAUGGGACAACCCCGAGAGGGUACGAAGUUGGGUGGACCUGAUUACAGGCUCGGAUGAGAACCCAAAUCAUAGAUCUGAGGAUUGCGUUCUGCUUCCCAAGUUUGACUCCGAUGAUAGACCAGGUAACCAGGCGCAAUCCGUCACAACCACGACCAAUGCUACUAGAGUUCAUAGUGGUGGAGAUAGCAGCAAACCCCGUCGGCCGCGGAUAGAUUGGAUAACUUCUCCCGCAGACUUUUUAGCGGAUGCUGCAUGGCUUGAAGAGGGGUCUAAUAAACUUAAAAUUGAAAACAGAGACGGCAAGCGACUAUUCAGCCCGGACACGCGUUUGCAGCGUAUUCCAUUACAAGGUUUGGAAUCAUCGACCGAGCAGCCUGCUCCGACGACGGAGAAAUCGGAGGGCGACCAUAUUCAACUAACGAAAAGGCCUUCAACUCAUGAAAGCCUCCCUAGCUUCAAAUCUGUUUUCUCUCACGCUCAUACAGGCGCGGAUCGUGGGCGUUCUCGACACAAGAUUAAGAGUCCAGUUCAGCUUUCCCCUCGAAGGUCCCCCUCGAUAGAGGCGAGCAAGUCAAGAUGGCGAAAAGCUCUCUCACGCACUUCUGAUUCGUCUAGCGAAUCCGGCGAUGACGAACAGGAAAAACAUCGGGGGAGAAAACGCUUUCCACGGCUUUCAAGAAGGCCAAUUGAGAAUGAGAACUUGAUCGGCUCCCCAGUCCAAAAAAUCCCCGGAUCGUCGGAUAAGGCCUCUCAAAAACCUACAUCCUCUUCUACCAUACCUCAUAACGUUUCUGACGCACAAAUUGGUGAUGAUGCUCUAUCUUCAAGAAAUAACGCACAACCCCAUAUCCUACCAUUUUUGGACACCCCUCUGGGACAAGAACGGCAUAUUCCGCCACCUGGCAACAACGUGGGAUCAUCGUCAUCAUCUAUGAUCGAGAGAAGAAAAGAUGACAUCCCACGAUCAUCGAUUGCGACUGCUGAUGGUAGCCUUGGUCUAGCGUCCAACAGGCAAGAAAAUCCCAACAUUGCACUAAACCUGUCACCUCCUGAAAGUCGCCCUUCUUCACCGACAAAGCCAUCUGCAUCACGUCUAGUUGAUUUAGGAAAUCGGUUGUCCUACACUAAAACAAACGGUGGAUCAUCUGGGGUAGUUCCUGUCGAUCAUGACGCUCCUGAAUUAACUCCGCAUAAACACUUGUCUGCUCCUGAUAUGCCUCUGUUUAACUCUGUCACACAGCUGGCCUUAGAUCAUCACGAGGACAGAGCUAGAGCAAGUGAUAUUCAUCAUCCUAGCAGCCCACCACAAAUAAACAAGAACCAAAUGCAGCAGGAGUCGAGACUUCGGGGGAUUUUCAAACCUGCACGAUUGGCUGAGCUCGUGGGAAGUGAAGUUUCCAAAGUUGGCGAUUACAUCUGGAAAAAGGAUAUCUCAGGCCACUCAAGGCAGUCAUCAACGGCAUCGAGCGAGGUAUUUUCGGAUUAUGUCGACGCGGAUGACAACUUCCCUGAGGCAAAGCGCAAACAAAAGCUCCACUUGUCUCGUUUUCCGAUCCUAUCCGAAAGUCCCGGUUUAUCACGGAUGAAUUCCAAAAAGGAUUUACCCAAAUACCAUGUGCCAAACCUACCUGUCUUUGCCUCUCCUCCCAAGCACGAUGACCAAGGCGAAUCACAGCCAUUAUGCGAAGUCGACAUCUCAGCGCAAUCUGAUAUUAAGUCACAGCCACUCGAGGACGAAUCAGCCAAUGUCUCUCACAACGACAACCUGCUCAACCCAUUUACUCCCUGCUGCGAUGUGGGAAAUAAUUCCUUUAGAGAGGGCCGCAAUAGCUUCGUUGGCUCUGUGGGAUCAAAUAAAAAUAACAAUAACCACCUUUCCCUCCAAGUCAGUCGAGAUCAGCUUCCAGUCACAGGCCUUACCAAUUUAACCGUCACACCCACUGGCCAACUCCGUCCUACAAUGUCUGUGGCCACAAGAAACUGGAGCAUCUCCCGUAGUAUUGAUGGCCCGUAUCGUAUCGAUAGACGUGAAAUUGCACGAGUAAGAGCUCAUUUGCUCUCGUCGGGAAUUAAGGCACUAGAAAUAUGCCGCCAAGCCGACAUGAUACGGGAUUCCCCUCCUGUCCUCGUAUUUAGCACCGAGCACGGGUUGGGUGGCAAUGUACCUCGCGUCCCGCGGUCUGAGGAAGUGACAACUGCAGCUCGGAGCCUGAUGUUCAAGUUCGACCGCGAAGUUUGCCAAGUUCAGCAUGCUAUGUCGAAAUUCUCAUCAUCAACCUCACCGUCUUUGAAGUCGCGAUUGGAUGAUUUAGACUCAUUAGUCACAUCCACGCUUAACCCACGCAUCCGCGAGCUCACAUCCGAAGCUGACAAACUAACUAGCGAGCUCGCGACGACGAAUACUUUGGCAUUGAAGCAGCUCAACGACUCGCUCGAUAAGGGCUUGAGGAAACGAAAACGCAGGUUUCGAUGGAUAAGCCGUGUCGGGUUUGUCAUGUUAGAAUGGGUGCUUGUUGGGGCUAUGUGGUGGUUGUGGCUAGUUGUGAUGAUCUUCAAAAUUUUUAGAGGCCUGUGGAGGGGUUCUGUUUCGGGCAUUAGAUGGAUUUUAUGGCUAUAA